UAUAAAAAAUACACGCAUACACGCGCGCGGACUCGCACGGCGAAGGGGAAUCACUGAAGCUUGGAUUUCACGUCGAGACGCUCUUGCCCAAUGCAAUAUGUUGCUAAUCUGACUGCGCGUUGAAUCAAAUCAGAGAGCCGCUUCAUGUUUAUCAACGUCAACCAGGGAAACCAGAGGCGGUUUUAUCUCUUGCCCGAGCUCUCUCACUUUUUAACAAGGACGUACAUAGCCCACGCGUAAAACCUCGACAGGACACGUGUAAUUUUGAGUCAGAACGGAGGAAAUAGAAGCAGGUUUUCUUCUAGGUUCUGAAUAACGCGGGUGAAGUUUUGAUUCAUUAGAAUCUGCAACGCAUCGAACGCUUACUGUCAAAGUGCAUGUGUGUUUUUUAGUAACAAGAAGGAACGUUAUAGCAUUUCCUAACUGCGAAAAUUCAAAGCAACUAUUCUUUGCAAGGGGUUCUACAAAAUUUCAGAGAAUGGUAAAUGAUCGAUGGAAAAUCAUGAACAGUGUUUCAGAACUCGAAGAUGGACAUCAGCAUAAAUCUCAGAGGAUGGGCUGUAGCUACUUCCUGUGCACCAUCAUGCUCUUCGUGGCCGUCCUCCUGGCCGUCACGGCAACGGGUACCAUCCUCUUCAUGAACCACUACCAAGCCCCGCCCCCCGGCACUAACAACGGCCCCCCACUCAUCUCCACCAACCAGGAUGAGGGCAACGCCCUGGUGACGGUCGAGCGGGGCGACGGCUCACGCAUCAACAUUUUCAUCGACCCCAACUGCCCCGACUACAACAACAACUUCCUGCGGCUGGAGGGUGUGCAGACUUCGCUGCUCCACUCGCUGACCGACCACGACACAAGCCUAAAGUCAGUGAAGGGCCAGGACCGAGCCUUGCUGGUGAAGUUGGCUGAGGAGGUGGCCAAGCUCUCGGCCCACGCCAGCCAGCUCAGGUUGGAGUACGAAUCUCUGAGGCGAGGCCAGGGGAACCUGGGACAAGAGCUCAACACUCUGCAAACGGAGCAAGGCCGACUUAUCCAGCUGCUGUCUGAGAGCCAGAUCAACAUGGUGAAGGUGAUGAACUCAGUGAACGAUGCUCUCAACUCCAUGCAGAAGGAGACAGGGAACCUGAAGAGCAAGUUCAAGGCAGACCUCCAGAGAGCACCUGUUCGCAGUGCCCGGCCCAAAGGCUGCUCCAAUGGCUCCAGACCUCGGGACUGCAGCGAUAUCUACGCAAGUGGUCAGCGGGAGGAUGGGAUCUACUCUGUCUUUCCCAUGCACUACCCUGCUGGCUUCCAGGUCUUCUGUGACAUGACAACGGACGGAGGAGGAUGGACGGUCAUUCAGCGCAGAGAGGACGGCGCAGUGAACUUCUUCCGAGCAUGGGACGCGUACCGCGACGGCUUCGGCAAGAUCACAGGGGAGCACUGGCUUGGUUUGAAGAGGAUGCAUGCCUUGACCAUCCAAGCCAACUACGAGCUGCGAAUUGACCUGGAGGACUUUGAGAACAGCACAGCUUUCGCCCAGUACGGAGCCUUUGGAGUGGGACUGUUCUCUGUUGACCCGAAUGAGGAUGGCUACCCGCUGACUAUUGCUGACUACUCAGGCACUGCAGGUGACUCAAUGCUCAAACACAACGGGAUGAAAUUCACCACCAAGGACCAAGAUAACGAUCACUCAGAGAACAACUGUGCCUCCUUCUACCACGGCGCCUGGUGGUACCGCAACUGCCACACGUCCAACCUGAACGGACAGUACCUGCGUGGGCAGCAUACCUCCUACGCCGACGGCAUCGAGUGGUCCUCCUGGACGGGUUGGCAGUACUCCCUCAAAUUCGCAGAGAUGAAGAUUAGGGCCACGAGAGAGGAGAACAAAUGAGAUGGAAACAAUACUACGAGAAACCAUAGACUAAUGGACUUAGGUGUUUUUAAAGACACUCAGCCUGCCGAGAAUCAGAAUGAGGACUAUGCUCGUACUGUAACCCCUGUCCAAAAACAUUCUCAUCCCCUCUUGUGGUGUUGUGUUGAAGCCUCCAAGGUUUUGUAACCUUUUGCAAUCUCUCGCUGAUCUGAUCAUGUUUGUAAUAAUUAUGUCAAAAUAAUGCAGGUAAUGUCAGAACUACAGUAUCAUUGUGGAAUUUUGAAAUAUGAAAUGUUAGGAUUUCUCUCAUUCCCUUAAAUUAAUAGAAUUUCUUACAGUUUAUUUUGGCUGUCCCUGUUACUUAUAUAUACAGUUAUCUUUGCAUCUGACAGCAUCCUGAGUUAUCCUAAGUGUUACGCACUGGUUUCGGUGAACCAAGUUUGCUUGAUGAGUAAUGCUUAGGCUUUAGCUCAGUGGGCUAUGACCAUAUUGUGGCGCACAGGAAACGUGGGUUUGAACCCGGUCAGUUACAUGAGCUCCUGGUUGACCCCUAACUCCUUGUUGACCCCUAGCUCCUGGUUAACCCCGAGCUCCUGGUUGACCCCUUGCUCCUGGUUGACCCCUAGCUCCUGGUUGACCACUAGCUCCUGGUUAAUCCCUAGCUCCUGGUUGACCCCUAGCUCCUGGUUGACCCCUAGCUCCUGGUUGACCACUAGCUCCUGGUUGACCCUGCUCUGAUUGACCCCUAGCUCCUGGUUAACCUCUAGCUAAUGGUUGAUCCCUAGCUCCUGGUUAACCUCUAGCUAAUGGUUGACCCCUAGCUCCUGGUUAACCUCUAGCUUCUGAUUGACCCCUAGCUCCUGGUUAACCUCUAGCUAAUGGUUGACCCCUAGCUCCUGGUUAAACUCUAGACAUACCUUGUGAUCAUGUGUCAGUCCUGUGCCCAGUAAGACACAUUCAUGACAAAGACAUUAUAUCAGUCAGACAGUGGUUGUCAAGCCAAUCACUUCAUAAAUGGCAGCCUCGUUUUUUAUGUAACAUUUUCAAAAGACAUUGACCACACAAGACUGGCUUUGAGUGGCAUGCGUGUGUGACCUGUGACAGUGGUAGUAGAGAGAAUGGAGAGCAUAGGUGAGGGGGCUCGGCCAGCGGGCUGGGMCAAUUAUGAUCAGAGGCUUAUAUCUGUGUAGACUUCCAGUUGGUGGUGGAAACCUUCCCAGACAGUAGCUACUAGCCUAUAAGUUCAGCUCCUUGUCAUGUGGAGGCUUCCCUGUCUCUCACUUUCUCUCCCUUACUUUACAAUCACCGAGAGACAAGUCUGUUCACUGAUAUGCUGUCUUGACUCAACUCAAAUCAGUUGUUUCAGUAUACUGGUUUUUGGCUGCAUUUACACAGGCAGCUCAAUUCAUUAAUCAGAUCAGCUCUGAAAAAGAUUUGAUGUGAAAAGAUCUGAUG